GCAUGCUUAAAUGGAAUCCUAACAGUCGUUUGGUUACCGGACGCGCCAAGAAAGUCAAAAAAACGCAAGGACUUUUUCGCAGUUUUUCCUGCCUAAUUCUAAUUAAAAUGCUGUACACUUUGGUUUGGACCUUAACAGUUAUCUGCAGAUUCUGUUUGGCAGAUGGAGAUGUGGGACAUCAUAUAUUUCCUUUGUCCCCCGUAAUUGAAAGAGGUUCAACACUGCGACGUUUUUGUAGCCUUGGCAAAAAGCUCUAUCCCUAUAAAAAUGCAAGUCAUAUAAUCUGGACAUUGAAUGGAGAUAGGAUUGCAAAAGAAAACUAUAAAAUUGUCAAUGAUUCUGUUUCGGAAGUUAUUAUCCAUAAUUUCACUCUUCGGGAGGCUCAUGUGAAAUGCUAUGUUGAUUUUCCAGUUGAAAAGCAACAUCUGGCUCACACAGAAGUUAAAUCAGGAUUUCCACCACAGAAACCUGAAAAUAUUUCUUGCAUUAAUUAUCAGGGCCAAAAUAUAACUUGCAGUUGGACUUUUGAACGAGAUACUGACACUGAAACAAAUUACAGCAUUUUUGCAAAAGAAGACAAACAAGUGUUUUUAAAAGAAACUAGAUCAAGUAAGAAUGGUUUAAGAUCUUGGAAUUUCCAGACUGGCAUAUUCUAUCCUCUAUUUUGUAUCCAGUUGAAGUUAGAAAAUCCCUUAGGGAAAGCAGAGUCUGAGUGUGUUUCCCAAAAUUCAUCAGAAAUACUGAAGGUUGAACCACCUCCUGUUAAAGUUGAAACAAUUCCAGGGAUGAAGAAAAUGCUAAGAGUUUCCUGGGAAAGAGAGACGUAUAGAGAGUGCCAGAUUCGAUACAAAAACAUGAAGCAGAAUGAUUCGGAAGAUGCCUACGACAUCAUAGAAGAUCCUCAGGAAAAUCCUUUUAAUCUCACCAAUCUAUGGGGUUUUACAGAAUAUGCUGUUGCUAUUCGAUGCAUUGUCCAAGGCUCAAAAUUCUGGAGUGAAUGGAGCAGAGAGCAGAAAGGAACAACAGAGGAAGAAGCUCCCUCAAAAGAAGUAGACUUGUGGAGAAUACUUGAAACAUGUCGACCAAUUGGAACCCGAUUGGUUCAUCUUUUCUGGAAGCAACUGAAAGAGGAUGAAUCUUUAGGAAUUAUAAAAGGCUACAGAGUAAAAUACUUCAUACAAAGCAACCAUUCUUUUGUCUAUGUAAACAACACUACUGACGAGACAAUCACUAUAGAGCUAACAGGAGUAGCCUAUGUGAUAAGUGUUAUUGCGCAAAAUGGAGCUGGAGAUUCCCCAGAGGCGAUUUUGAGAAUUCCUUCAUGUGCUGAAGAAAGCAAAGAUCAUUCAAGAAUUGAUAUGCUGAAUGCUUCUGCUUUAAAUGAACAAAUGACUGUGGAAUGGAAAACAUUAGAUUCAAAUGUACACAGCUAUGUUGUAGAAUGGUAUGAUGUGUCAGAAAUGGAUGCAAAUAAAAGAUCAUGGCAAUAUGUAAGAAAUGCCACCAAGUGGUCAUUUCAGAAAGGAACCUUCAAACAAUAUAAAUGUUACAACAUCUCAGUCUAUCCUGUGUACCAAGAUUAUAUAAAAGCUCCAAGUUCCAUAAGGACCUACUUUAAGGAAGGACGCCCCUCAGAUGGCCCUAAUGCAGAAGUAGAGAAUGUCGAUAAAAAUGAGGCUACCAUAAAGUGGAAGGAAAUUGAAAAAACAAAAACAAAUGGUGAUAUUAUUAACUACACUAUAUUUUACAAACCUGAAGGUGGGGAAGAAUUAGGGAAGACGGUGAAUGCUAAUGUUCUGCAAUACCGACUAAAGUCGUUGCGAGCUAACGUGAGGUAUACAGCUCAUGUUAUGGCAAGCACAAUUGCUGGCGGAACCAAUGGGAGUGCUGUCACUUUCAGCACCAGCCAACUUAGUCUAGUGGAAAUAGUCCUUAUAAAUGUCAUUGCUGGAAUGUUAAUGCUGUGCCUGUUAACUUUUGGGUUAUUGUGGGCUCUGAAAAGACACACGUUAAAAAGGAUUUUCUGGCCGAAAAUACCACAUCCUAAAUUGCCUGAGAUGAGCCAAGACAAUCUGGAAAAGCCGUUGAAAGAGCCUCAGUCUGAAGAUAACACAGUUAUUCCUGAGGUAAUCAGUACUUUGAAAGUAGAGGAUAAUGAUGAAUGUCAGCUGUUGAAUCUUGAGUAUUGCUUGAAGCAGUCAAACGUCACUACAGAAGAUGCUGUUAGCAGUUGUGAGGUUUCAUGCAGUGAAGAACACAAAGCUAUACAAUUUCUCCCGCAAACAGUACCCUCCACUGGUCAACAUUUCAGGAAUCAACUACUUCCAGCUCUGAUGAUCCAACGGCAGCCUUUACAAAGAUCAGAAGAAAGCUUAUUGGAACAUUGUCAGAAUUCAAGUUCUAAAGAUGAGGAGACACAAGAUCAGACAAGUAUGAAAGAAAAAACUGAAUUCAAUCCCUAUUUAAAAAACUCCAUCCAUACAAGGGAAUUUCUGGUGUGCGAAAACUUGUCAGUCCCAAAGAAGAAAGAUAGAAAGAAAGAGGUUGUUCCCAUCCCCAUUUGUGUGUCAGGUGGCAAUGGGCAACAAUAUGUGGCAUUGGAUGCAGUUGUGCUGAAUGAGCGUUAAUUAAUUGCAAAAUACUUAUGGUUUUGGAUCAGAGUAAGUUCCAGAAGCACACUACUCCCGCUGACCUUGUAGACUAAAGACAGAGUCACUACUGCUACGGAAAAGCAUUUCCUGUGGACACUGGACUUUUAUCGUAUAUUUAAUGGCUUUUCUGCUAGGUUUCGUGAUUUGUCAGCAGAAACAAAAUUGUGUUAAUUCAUUCAAUUUCCCGCUGCUUUUGUAGAUUGUUUGGAACAUAAUCCCUUAAGGCAAUCAAAGGGAGUGGGUGCUAAUCUCUUUGUCUUGGGUUCUCAAACAAAGAUGACCAUGGAACAGAGUGGAUUGGGAAAGUUUAAAAUGCAGAACAGAAAUGCUUUCUGUCUAACACCAUAAGGCUGUGCAUUAAGGAAAUGGUUCUGAGAGAUGCUUUAAUAAAGGGAUAGGGACUGUAGACUAUACUACCGUGUACUGUCUGUUGCUGUAGGUAUACUUCUACUGAGCAGUUUUGACAUUGUUUAAUAUGUCAUGUCAAAUUGUGUUCAGCCCAUUAACUGCUUUGCAAUUAGCACAAGGUGGUAGAAAAGACAGGUAAAAUUGCUCAAAUCUGUUUUUCCAUUAUAUAGGACUAAUUCCAGCUUUAGAGGAGUGCUUUACAUUGUAGAAGCAGCACGGAAGGAAAGGUUAAACGGUUUAUUUUUCCCAGUGAUCUUUUUGUAAUCUUUGAAGCUGCUGCCUGGUACUGCAGAUUUUCUAAAAACUGGAGAAAAUCCUAAUCACAAAUCUUUUGCCUCCCAACUGUUUUUAACACUCAGUUGCUCUGGUAGAAAGUGAUUUCUCUCACAGCAUUGUUAGCAGUAAAAACUGCAAGACUCUAUGUAUCAAAAAACUUCCUAGUCAAAUGUCUCAUGACUAUUGAUACACAUGAACAAGACCAGUUGUGUUCUACAUAGCCAGUGCUAAGUGCUCAACUGUUGAACUUAAUGCAUGACCCUAUUCUGAACAACUCUGCUUGCAAGAAAGUUGUUACUUGCUAUUAAAGCAUUAAAUGUGUGGUGGCAGUUAUCGUCAAAAGUCCUGUCCCUCCUUCUGUGUCCUGAACUAAUCCUUAUGAUUUUGAGCCUCAUGCAAAUUAAAGUAUUUGUCAGCCAGUCAGAGCCCAUGAAACUCUACUAGAUGGGGGCGAGGGAAGGAGCAAACCUCAGUUUAGCAAGGAAAACCUUCUCUGAUAGGGAUUUGGAGGCUCAGGUUAAGAGUGUCAGAUUAUCCAGGAUUUUUAAUUUGGCUUUUUUAGGUAGGGUGGAUAGGCUUAGGGAAGAAAGCUUAUUUUUAGGUGAUAAAUAAGCAACAAGGUAAAAGUCAGAAGCAGUUUCUAAGAACCAGAGACUGAGAGGUAAAAUGGUAAACCUUCAACUUUGAUGUUUCUUUUGAAUGUUGUACAGUCUCCAGUGCCAUUUCCUACACAGAGGAAGAGGGCCCCUGCUUUUCUCCCAUCGAGUUUCUGAGCUGGGCUAAAAGCCAAAAUUAUAACUGCUUAUCAGGAUGAGACACAAAAACUUUAAAACCACAAAUAGAGACACGCUACUUGGGGCUGCUUAGCCAAAGCAGGCAAACUUGGAUUUUGGUGGGAAAAUCUGCCUCAGAGUAGGGGACUGAAGUGGGGAGGGUAUCCAUCAUAGAGGGAAAGGUAACUGCUGGGUUGCAGUUGAAUCAGUUUAUUCAUUUAAGCUGAAACACUCCACACCUAACACUGUGUUGAGUAUCUUUCUUUCCUGUUGAAUAAAAUACGUUGUUUUGCCUUCA